UUUUGGAAGCGACGUUCACUUAAGUCCCCGUGGGUACGCCGCUCAUUUCUCUCUGUCUUACUCUACAUACCCACUAGUCCACAUCUGAAAGGUACAGACCCCUAAAGAGGAGAAGAAAACGAAGGGAGGGGAAAGGAGAAACAGGGGAGACUGCAGUUGGUGCAUGGCAUGAAGACGCGAAUGUUGGGGACCCGGCUGAGCAUGGCACAUUAUACCAGGAUCUGAACUGAAACGGGGACCUGGUUUGGGCUCUUAGAUAUGGGUGUUAUAUUAAUAAGAAACCCUUGAGCUUGCAGGAGUAAGGUUAGGAAUGCGCUUGAUGUCGUUCGGUGUGACGCUUUUGGAUGCGCAAUUCUGGAUGGGAUGAAAUCGCGUAACCGGGGGCCAAAUCUAGGCGCUUAACGCGAGACCACCGAUCUGAGCUCCCCAGAGCUGCGUUAAACCACAUCUGCUGCCCCUCGGAGCCGUGCUGAGGGGACAACCACAGAAAGUUUCGCGAUGGCUCUCGUCAUGGAACCUGUUAGUAAAUGGAGCCCCAGUCAAGUUGUGGACUGGAUGAAAGGUCUGGAUGACUGCUUGCAGCAGUAUAUAAAGAACUUUGAACGGGAGAAGGUAGGAGGUGACCAGCUGCUGAGGAUCACCCAUCAGGAGCUGGAGGAUCUGGGGGUAUCCCGCAUCGGACACCAGGAGCUGAUCCUGGAAGCUGUGGACCUGCUGUGCGCUCUGAACUACGGGCUGGAGACUGAAAACCUGAAAACUCUCUCUCAUAAGCUCAAUGCCUCUGCCAAAAACCUGCAGAACUUCAUCACGGGCCGCAGACGCAGCGGUCAUUACGACGGCCGGACGACCCGCAAACUGCCCAACGAUUUCCUCACAUCUGUGGUGGACCUCAUCGCUGCUGCUAAGAGCCUUCUGGCCUGGCUGGAUAGGUGUUACUUCUUUUGCAGGUCACCAUUUGCUGCCGUUGCAGAUUAUUCCGUGACCAGGAACAACGUGAUCCAGCUGUGCCUGGAACUCACUACCAUAGUACAGCAGGACUGCACCGUCUAUGAAACCGAAAAUAAGAUCCUCCAUGUGUGUAAGACAUUGUCUGGAGUAUGUGACCACAUCAUCUCACUGUCGUCAGACCCCCUGGUCUCCCAGUCGGCACAUCUAGAGGUGGUUCAACUGGCUAAUAUUAAACCUACAGAGGGUCUGGGAAUGUACAUCAAAUCCACAUAUGAUGGGCUUCACGUUAUCACAGGAACCACAGAGGGGUCUCCAGCAGAUCGCUGUAAAAAGAUCCACGCAGGUGAUGAGGUCAUCCAGGUGAACCAUCAGACAGUGGUGGGCUGGCAGUUGAAAAACUUGGUAAGCUCUCUGCGAGGGGACCCUGCCGGUGUGACAUUGACCCUGAAAAAGCGUCCCCAGAGCACGCUCACCUCCGCCCCAGCCCUACUAAAGAACAUGAGAUGGAAGCCCUUGGCCCUGCAGCCAGUCGUUCCCAGGAGUCCCACCAGCAGCUCAGCCACGCCUACAAGCACCAUCAGUACACCCUCCAAGCGUGAUAGCUCCGCCCUCCAAGACCUGUAUAUCCCGCCCCCUCCAUCAGAGCCAUACACACCCAGAGAUGAAAAAGGCAUUCUCCUGGGUGAAGGCGGGGUAUCUGUCGCAAAAGGGUCAGAAUCACCAAACUCAUUCCUGGAUCAAGAGUACAGACAGCGAUUUCCUCUCAUGGAAGAAGAAGCCGUCCUUUACUGCUAUGAGUACGACCCCAACCACGGACCCACAACGUCCCGUCGAGACAGCACUCCCACUUACGGUCGUCUGAGGCCCAUCUCUAUGCCUGUAGAGUAUAACUGGGUUCCUGACUACGAGGACCCAGCUAGAAUGAAGAGAGAAGGUCGGAGAGAAAACUCUCUGUUGCGCUAUGUAAGUGAUGAGAAGGCCGCUGAUCUGGCAGGGCGCAGCAUGAAAAGAGACACAGGAAAACGCGGCAAGAAGAAGAGCGAAAAGAGCGGGAGCCCCACCCACUACACCCUCCUCCCGACCCUCCAAAUGGAGGUGCUCCGUCAGGAAUCCAUGAACACGCCUAACCCAGACUCCACCUCUCUUUACCAUGUGAGUAGUAUGUCUUCUGUUGAAGUCCUCUGAAGGGAAAGCAAGAUGAGAGCAGCUCCACUGUCCUCCAUCAGUAAGAGAAGAAUCUCCUGUAAGGACCUGGGUCGUGGAGACUGUGAGGGCUGGCUGUGGAAAAAGAAGGAUGCAAAGAGCUAUUUCUCGCAGAAAUGGAAGAAGUACUGGUUUGUUUUGAAGGGCGCCUGCUUGUACUGGUACAUGAACGAAGAGGAUGAGAAGGCCGAAGGGUUUGUCAGCCUCCCUGAGUUUAAGAUCGAUAGAGCCAGUGAAUGUCGCAAAAAAUAUGCGUUUAAAGCGUGCCAUCCCAAAAUCAAGAGCUUCUACUUCGCAGCAGACGGCGUGGACGAUAUGAACAGAUGGUUGAGUCGUCUCAACAUGGCGGCUGCCGGCUAUGCAGAAAGAGAGCGAAUCCGUCAAGAACAGGACUACUGGAGUGAAAGUGAACACGAAGACAAUGAGACGCCCUCGACGCCCAAACAAGACAGCCCACCGCCCCCUUAUGACACGUACCCACGGCCACCCUCAAACCAGGUGAGUUGUGCCAGUCCUUACCUAGAACCCAAGCACGGCCGCCUCUCAUCCACAGAAACUUCACAGUCUCGCUCCUCUCACGAGGAGUACCGCUCCGAACCACAAGGGGGCAGCAGCAGUGGCGGUGGUUCCCCAGCUCGGAAGUCCGCCAGCCAGCGGCGCUCAUGGCAGGACCUGAUUGAAACCCCUCUGACCAGCUCAGGCCUCCACUACUUGCAGACCCUGCCCCUAGAAGACGCUGUGUUCUGUGAGCCAGGGGCGGGUCUUUCUCCGGAAUAUCGCCGCCAAUCCACUCUGCCUGCCCAACGCACACUGAUGCAGGAACAUUACGGUCCCUUCCCAAUGCUUGAAGGGGAGAGGCUCCGAGACCCCGUUAAUGCAGCCGGGAAACCCCGCAGUUUCACCUUGCCUCGGGAUAGCGGCCUGCAUGCCCUCCUCACACCCUCCGCCAGCAUGGCAGAACAGCGGGACCCCAGCCGUAGGGAGCUCAGCCGUUCACACUGCAUCAAUAACGGCGGGGAGCAGGAGUGCCAUGGGCAGGCGGAUUCGCUUGGUGAUUUGUACCGGGCGCUGGAGCGUGCCAGUCUGUCGCCUAUUGGUGAGCACCGCCUUUCCACCCGUCUGGAGUACAAACACCUUUUCAUCCGGCGUUGCAACGAUCCACAGUUAAAUGACAAACUGCAUCAUCUCCGCAUCCUGCAGAGCACGCUAAAGGACAGGGAGGGCGAGGUAGCACUGAUUGACAAGCUGCUGGCCAAUCCUAAGCUCACAUCCUCAGAGUUCCAGGAAUGGAAGAACGUUUACAUGGAGCUGUUUUCAUCAGAGCCGCAGCGGGACCGUCAGCCAAGCCCCGCCUCCGAGCCAAGCCCUGCCGCCACACCUGAACCCGCCCCUCGCACGCCCUCCCUCUCACACACACACUCCUACAUCGAGACACACGUCUGACGCACACAAACGCACGCUUCGAUCACUUUACACAAAAAUGCUGCCACAUUAUUUGAAGUAGUUGUCGCUCACAACCAACGGACACAGUCUCACUUCCAUGGAUCUUAGGCUGGACGUUCAAGCUAAAGUAAGGGUUGAAUUGAUGUUUGUGGACUGUUUGCAUUUUAAUUAUGAGGCUGUGAGGAAUAUUUAUUUGCAGAAUUAACAUUUAGGGAUAUAAUAAUGCAUUGAUGCAUGAUUCAAGAUUUAUAAUUUCAGUAAAUAAGUUACAUUAUGUAAUAAUCAAUAUAAAAUUAACAAAGAGGGCAUCUCAGAUUACACUUUAAGUA